GUCAGCUGAACGGGGGAGGAAGUAAACGCUGAACACUAGAGACUGGGGAGCAACGGGGAAGAAUAACAACAGAAGACGGUCCCGAGGAGGAGCCGCUAGCAUCUUUAGCAGCAACAAUUUGUGAAGUUUAAACCCCGCUGACACGGACAACUAAUGCGGAUUUAGGGGUGGGCUCUUUGGGGAUGGCGUCUCUCAUCUGCACCUUACGAGACCAUCAAGACGAUGUCAACUGGUGCGCCUUCUCCGCCAAACUGUUGGCCACCUGCUCCGGGGACAAAACCCUCAGGAUAUAUAACACGGACGACUUCUCCGAGCUGCCUUUCUCGCCCCUGACGGGGCACGGCUACAGCGUCCACUGCUGCUGCUUCAGCCCCUGCGGCCAGUUCCUCACCUCCUGCUCCACGGACGCAACCACCGUGGUCUGGUCCAUGGUGACGGGUGACAUCGAGGCCGUCCUGGAACAUCCCGGCCGCAGUCCCGUCAGGAUCUGCGCUCUGUCCCCCGACUCGGUCCACAUGGUCUCUGGUGCGUCCGAUGGCACUUUGGCUCUCUGGGAUUUCCCCUCUAAAAGACUGUCCAGAACCGGGGGAGUGAGUGACACAACGAUGGUAGCUUGCUCCUUCAGCCCCUGCAGUCAGAUGUUCAUGACGGGCUCCACCUACGGAGAUCUGCGUCUGUGGGAUCUGGAGCUGAACCCCCUCCUCGCCGAGAAGAAUGCCCACGAUCUGGGGGUCUUGUGCUGCAGCUUCGCUCCCAGCAUCCUCAGCGGCGGCCAAGUUGUGCAGUUUCGUUUGGCAUCCUGCGGGCAAGACUGUCGCCUGAAGAUCUGGACCCUUAACAAGUUCACCUCUGGAGGCUUUAAGAUGGUCCUCCUACACACGCUGAGUGACCAGACGGCUCCAGUCCUCUGCUGUGCGUACUCCUCUGAUGGGCAGCUGCUGGUGUCUGGCUCAGUGGACAAGAGUGUUAAGGUCUAUGAUGCGAAUAAUGCUGUUUCGCUUUACACACUGAACCACCACGACAGGUACGUGACGGCGUGCUGCUUCUCUCCAACCUCGCCGCUGAUUGCCACCGGAUCCAUGGAUAAGAGCGUGAACAUCUGGAGGCUGGAGGAUGGGUGCAGCGGGCAUGGCGGGAAGUCGUUGCCUGAAGAGGCUUCGGAGACGCCCCGUGAAGGAAAAGCCGCGGCGGGCCGAUCGAGGCUGCUGGUCGCCGAUUGGUCGGAGGGGGAUGUGUCAGAGUGGCUGGCGGAGGAAGGCCUCGGGGGAUUGGCGGACAAAUUCAGGGCCAACAACAUAGACGGGGCCGAGCUGCUGAGUCUCACCAAGGAGACGCUGGCGUCAGAGCUGGGCAUAGAGUCGGUCGGCCUGCGAGGCAAACUCCUGAGGAAGGUGGAGGAGCUGAAGAGCGACUCUGUGUGCUCCGGGACCCCUGAUGAGUUUCUGUGUCCGAUCACCAGAGAGCUGAUGAGGGAUCCGGUCAUAGCUGCUGAUGGCUACUCGUAUGAAAGAGAGGCCAUCGAGAGCUGGGUCCACACCAAGAACCGCUCCAGCCCAAUGACCAACCUUCCCCUGCUGACGACACUCCUCACCCCCAACCACACGCUCAAGAUGGCCAUUAGCCGCUGGAAGACCAGCCAGUAGCUCCCUCUGGCCUGCUCCACGACUUCUUCUAACGCUGCAUCUGGUUCACAUCCGUUCUCGUGGAUGGGUUCCUCCUGGAGGCCCAAAGCUGGACGGGGCAUGGAGAAACCAUAAAUAUAGAUCUGCCUGGUAUGCGCACCCUUUAUCAGACGCUUGCUGCUGAGCUCGAUUAGAGCGGUGAUGACGAUCGCCGCCGUGGACAAAAUAGGGCGUGGCUUAAAAUGUAAUCAACAUUUUAAACCAAUUUUAAAAAGCCGGGAAAAGAAGAAAAUAUUUCACUAGUUCCUUUUAGUUCAGCAGUUCUGUUGGUUCUUUGAUAUUUACUUUGUACUUAGUUUCACAAUUAUAUCAGCAAAAAUCACACAUCAGAUCAAGAAGUACUAGAAGGUGUCGAUCUAGCAAAGCCAGCAGAUCACUUUAUCCCGGCGGCCGAGUCCGACCGUUGCCCUUCUGUUACCUUGCAAAUAUUCAUCACUUUCAUUUUCCUCCUUUACUUAAUGGCUUCUUAAACUAGCAUUUAGGUAGCGAGAACCCAGUUUACUAAAGGGUUUAACUUAUAAAAUAAAAUAAGUUUUUUUUACGUUGGGCCACAGAUUCUCACACCAAGUGCAUUUCAUGUCUUCAGGUCACUUGUAUUGGAAGCAAAUUGGCAACGUUGUACAAACUGAAAAACAUCUGUUCAGAAAUGUUAUAUGACAUAAAUUUCCUGCAAAAGCCAGUUUUUUGUCAUGUGAAACAAGAUAAAAUCAUAAAUGUGAUUUACUUUAAUAUUGUGAUAUAUAUUUGCCACCUCAUGUGCAAAUCACAUCAACAUUGUGCAUGUGCAGUAUGAAUAUUUCCUACAGUCUUAAAUACGCUGAGCUGUGAGCUAUUGGACAGGCAUGAGCGGUUUUGGACCAAUGUGCAGAAGCAGCUUUCCGCUGUCGUCAUCAAUACAAGAAAUCAGGAAAUCAGUUUGGAAGAACUAGGCUGACAUGAAUCUGUUCUGGGGGAACAUGGUGAUCUAGUCCUCCGCUUUUUCUGUUGUGUAUUUCUAGAAAAUGUGCAUAAAAGAUGAAUAUGUUCAUUACUUAUCAGAAAAUAGGCCAAACUGGAGCGGCCUUUAACUGUAAUACCACUGAUAGCCACUUGGUGCAUGUUUUGAAGCAUCUCUGGGUCUUAUUGGCAUCCAAUUAAAAUCAGUUACAGUGCCAGCUACUCCAAUACUAAUAAAACUAAUAUAUAUAUAUAAAGCAUGCUGUCUAUGGUCCUUAAAUUUCACAAUCUGUACGGACUGUAGAGAAAUGGUCACUUUUCUUUACAGAAAAUCUUUUUAGUUUACAGGUCUUCAGCAUUGACUCGUUUCAAUACAGAACUUCUUGGUGUCAUUGAAGUUCUGUUUUUCCUUCAAAAAGGAGUCAUUAAAACCUCCAUUCAUAUGCA